UGCGGCGCAGAUGAUCGGAUAUGGGCGGGGCUUCAGCGGUCACCGGAGAUAAACACUCUCAGGACUCCACACUCGGCUUUCGACGCCGAAACUUCCAAUGAGGGCGAAGCAGAUUGUCGUCGGGAGCCACAGACUGCGAGUGCGCGGCACUGUCUCUUUAAACACGCCUGGUGUGAAAAGUUCAGUCAAGAAGGCUGUGCGGAGGAGAGUUCUGCGCGGUUUGGUGCAGAGAUCGGCGUUUGAUAUCGCGAGCGCAGCGCAGCAGAUGGCAGGCGACGGCGGGGAGGCCAAACGUCUUCCAAAGAGACCUUUUCACGGCGAAGUAGAGGAGAAAUCUAGCGCGACCAUGAAUGAAAACGUCAAAAUUCAGCCCGGUAAGAAGACUUCGUGUGAGCGGCGCGGUAAGGAAAACUCUGCCGCCAAGUGUACUGCUUUGACAAGCGGCUAUAAUGCAGAGGCGAAGAUGGACCAGACCGUCAUUCACAGUCCCCAAACGCGAGAGGACCCGAGCAUUUUCUUCGACGAGGACAGCAAUCACAUUUUCCCAGUGGAGCAGUUCUUUGGGAACAUGGAUGUUGUUCAGAAUUACCCACACAGAACCCCAGGAAGCAGGAGAAUGAGCCGGAGAGAGUACAGGAGCGUGCAUUACUAUGCCAAAGAGGACAGUGAAGACGAGCAGCUAUGAGGACACAAUUCCUCUCACAGAUUCACUCAAACUGUAUGCCAUUGACAUGGAAGGAGUUUUAUGAUGGUAAAAUGGAUUUGAUUGUUUUAAAGCAAGCUAUUUUAUUCCAAGAGCCUUCUUAAUUAAUGUUUGAGCUACACUGAGAUGCACUGUUGAUUUAUCAGUAAUGUGGUAAUUUUUGUCUUAUGCAAAUUUAAUGAGGUACAACAACAACGGCAAAAAUGUUAGAGCAUCCCUAAUUAUAAACUUACUAUAUAUGUGCCACACUAAAGGAAUGUACAGUAAGAGGUGCUAGACUUCAGGCUAAAACCAUCAUGUGAUUGGGGUUUCCACUGAAAGAAAGCUAAAUCAUUUCUAUAAUUUUCUGUACACUGGGUUUUCUACCACUUGUCCUUACUAAUGUGCUCUGAAAUCAACAAACAUUGUUUUAUCAAGUGCCUCAAAUUUGCUGUUCAGACUUUGAAAGCAAUUUGAACAUUAGCUUGGACAUUCUGAAUUUGGCACUUUUAAACAUUCUCAGUUGAGAAUGAAUAGAUUUGUUUUGGAAAAAACACUUAAUACUUCAGAUUUGGUGCUGUAUAAUUGAAAAUUAAAGCAUGUAGCUAUUUUGACAUCUUAUGUUCUUUG